AUGAGGUACAAGAACGUAUCGGGCGGUUGGCUCCUCGCUGCUGCUGCUUCUUGCUGCUUGCUGCUCGCACCAUCGCCCAGCGGCCAUCGGCGAGCAGCCAGCGGUGCAGCCAACCCAACCCACCCCAAGACGCCGCCAGCGCCGGCUCUAGUACCAAAUGCUAUCUUGUUUAUCUCCCGACGUCAAGCGAAGGGCAAGCUGGCCUCGCUGGCACGGCCACACUUGGAAACGGUGCAGGCAGGCCGGCCGUGUUGGAUGCUCCUGCUCGGCCUGUUGACUGAGGCCCGUCGAGGCCCGGCCGCUAUCAGCGCGAGUGGCCCGACAGCAAGGCCGGAGCGUCGUGGGGGCGGCGAGGCCUGGCUGGCUAGUCUAGUGACUGAAGACCGUUGGGGGGGCGUGGACGGUGCUCGUCUCAGAAGCAACAUCCGAGUGUCCCUCGUUCCUCGUUCCUCGUUGCGUGCGUGCACGCCCCCCCGUUCUCAAGCGAGCCCAGUCAGUGCCAGUGCCAGUGCCAUCCAGACGUGAUGUCAUUGUUUUUUUU